AUGAUCGGCUGCGGGCGGAUCGCCAGCAGCAUCGACGACGAACGGACGCCGCAGUGGCGCGGCGGGGUGGUGCCGCCGCUCGCCCACGCCGGCGGCUACGCGGAGACCACCGACGUGACCGAGUUGGUCGCGGCCUGUGAUGUCGACACGCGAAGCUCGCGGAGUUUCGGCGGCGCUGGAACGUGCCGCGCGGGUACCGGGACUUCCGUGAGCUGA